AUGGCAGAUGCGGCGUCUGGCGGUGGCUUCGUCUUCUUCACAGAGGCGGUGCAGCGGCGACUGAGAUGCUUGCAACCGACGGGGGGAAUUGCUUCCUCAAACCACGACAGUAGCAGCGGCAGUCGAGUUUGUCAUCGUCGGUACUGGAGGCUGCACGACGACUUCAGCAAUAGGGAGGCAGUGACUGGGAUGGGAGGAAUAAGGGUGGUGGUGCCGGAGGACCCUCUGACGAUGGCGACUGCAAAAUCUUGGGCUAGGCCUUUUGAUGAUUGGUGGUUGGAGGAUAUUGAACUCGGUUAUAAGGUGCUGAGUACCCAUUCCGAGGUGCACCUUCUGAGGACGAGACACAAUGUGCACCAAGUUCGCUUAGCGCCUCUAACGCAACACGCACAGAAAUUGUGCAAGGAUCGAUCGAGAGAGCAGCUCCAGCUUCGGAAAAUGAGUUACAAAUUCCAUCAGUUUCAGGUUGUAGGCAGAGCCCUACCGACGGAGACAGAUGAACAUCCGAAGAUCUAUCGUAUGAAGCUUUGGGCUACCAACGAAGUCCGUGCUAAGAGCAAGUUCUGGUACUUCCUCAGGAAACUAAAGAAGGUGAAGAAGAGCAAUGGUCAGAUGCUUGCCAUUAAUGAGAUUUUUGAGAAAAACCCAACGACUAUUAAGAACUAUGGUAUCUGGUUGAGGUAUCAAUCGAGAACUGGAUACCAUAACAUGUACAAGGAGUACAGGGACACAACCCUAAAUGGUGGAGUUGAGCAGAUGUACACUGAGAUGGCUUCUCGCCACAGGGUGCGUCACCAUUGCAUUCAGGUGAUCAAGACAGCUACCAUUCCUGCUAAGCUUUGCAAGAGAGAAUCCACCAAACAAUUCCAUAACUCCAAGAUCAAGUUCCCAUUGGUGUUCAAGAAGGUUAGACCUCCAACUAGAAAACUCAAGACCACUUACAAAGCUUCAAGGCCUAAUCUGUUUGUCUGAGUGACCACAACCCUUCUCAUCGCAUUUUGUUUUUCGUUUGGAAUUAUAUGUUAGUUUUUACUCUUAAUCUUGGAUAUUUGGUUUUCUUAAAUGGAGAUUGGUGUUGUUGCUUUGAGAAUUAUUACAUUUUGUUACAGAAUGAGAGUUUAUUUUUCUUAAAUUAUGCUUCGACUCUCUUUAUCUUGAUUACUAUCUUUGAUUGGUG